GAUAUAAGGGGGGGCCGCCCGCAUGGAAAGGGACUUCUAGCAGCUGCCUCCACUGCCCUGAGCUGCGAUCAUGGAACUUGCUCUGCUGUGCAAGCUGGUGGUGAUGGUUGGUGUGAUUCCAAUCCAGGGCGGGAUCCUGAACCUGAACAAGAUGAUCAAGCAAGUGACUGGGAAAACACCCCUCCUCUCCUACUGGCCCUACGGCUGUUACUGCGGACUAGGUGGCAGAGGGCAACCCAAAGAUGGCUCCGACUGGUGCUGCCGGACCCAUGACUGCUGUUACGCCCACCUGAAGACCCACAGGUGCCGCUUCCACACGGACCAUUACAGAUACAACUUUUCCCAGGGGGAAAUCUACUGCUCUGACAAGGGAAACUGGUGUGAGCAGCAGCUGUGUGCCUGUGACAAGGAGGUGGCCUUCUGCCUGAAGCGCAACCUGGACACCUACCAGAAGAAACUGCGUUUCUACUGGCGGCCCCACUGCCAGGGGCAGACCCCUGGGUGCUAGGAGAAGUCCACACCCUCUACCCUGUUCCUCAGCAUGGAGCUCCAGCAUCCCCACCCCAGUAUCUAACCUGAACCGGCCUGGCUUUUCAAACACUCCUGGGGGAGGUAGUCCCAGCCUGUCCCGGAACUCCCUACCGGUGCCUGCUGACCUUCUGAAGCUUUCCACAUCCUCCCAGUUGAGGCUGCAGCUGUGCCCUCUGAGGGCGGAUGGGAAUCUUAGGAGAAGCCCAAGCCAGGGAGCCCUCGGGGAUGGUGUUUGGACAAAAGCAUUGGGGUGGGGGGAGGGGACUGUGGCUGUCCCCCACCUGCUGGCCCCCCACCGGUCCUUUCUCACCCCUCCAAGAUAAUCUGAGAUCUGCAAGUGGAACAGCCACUCUAAAGGGCAAUAUUGAUCUUUCUGUCCAUGUGGCUGUCUCUCUUAAAACCUCAAGGCCUUCCACUGUCCUAAGAUAAAGCCUCUCAUAGGCGUUGGGGGCCCCCCGCACAGUUGGCCAUGUGACCCUCUCCCCAGGCAAGCUCUGACAUCCCUGCAGGUGGAGACCAUAGCUGUCUUAAACUCAGUUGCUUCCCUGGUUGCUUUCAGCAACAUUCAGAACCAAGAAGGAGCUCUGGAAAUCCCUCUUGGGUGAAGCACUAGGCAAGCUCCGUGGCUCCAGGCACCAGAGCCUUGAGUACUUUGUCUGGCCUGCAGGCACUGGCUCAGGGUGAAUUACCAGGGGCUACUGAAUGGCCAUUACUUUCAUCACGACUCAUCCCCACGUCCUUGGGGUCAAAGGGCUACUUUCCGGAAGUCUCCCAGGGCUGACUCCUCCUCCCUGGCUGCAAGCGUUCACUCCCUCCUCCAAGCUCCCACAGCUUGGCUUCAUGGCUCUGCCAUUACCAGGCUUGGCCUAGGGUGGCAAAUGGAACUUCUCUGAUCUCCCCCAACUAGACUGGAGCCUCUGGAGGACGGAAACCAUGUCUGUGCCAUCUCUGUUUCCCCUGUUUUCCCACAUGCAAGGUGCUCGAUUCAUACCUGUGGUUGGGGUGAGCCCACAGAGGAUGCACAGAGGUUACAGCAGAUGGAGUGGAUGACCCAUUCAGAUCCCCUCCAGGCCCGAAGCCCGUCUACCAGAGUGAGGCCAGGUGUUGGCAGCCAAGUUCUCCAAUCUGCCUCCUUCUCCUGAGCAUUGUCCUGGUCUACUGAGAGCUGCCGGGCCCCCGCCCCACCCCUCCAAUCAAGAGGCCACCUGUCACCCAUGGCCAGGAGAGACUGACGCCACCCCCCCUGCACCCGCCUCUGUGCAGGAUCAUCUGGAUGGAACAACACCCUUGAGUUCCUCCUGGGAUCAGGCUGAGGCCAGGCCUCUCCUGGAACCUCCUCUCUGCUUGGUCUCACCCCAUAGCCUACCCAGUUUUCCUGGUUCCCGCUCAGGUUUCUCCAGAAGGUACUUUCUCAGUAAAGUGUUUGCACAAGAAUCCUUGUCUCGGGCUCUGCUUCUAAGGAAAGACACCUUUUUCCUAUGAGGACUCCCAAGCUGCCAUUCGUGUGUAGUUAGCUGUUUCUAGGCACCUGCAGUCGCCCAUGCUCUGGGCCUGCGGCACCAACCGUGGCUCGGCUGCCUGAGCAGUUCUGAGAUGCAGUGGCUCAUGUGGGCUAGUGUCACAAGAAUGAAGGACUGUGGCCGCUGGGUUCAAAUUCCAGUCCUAUGCACCAUUCUGGAUGGGAUACUCAUGGGGUGGAGCGCAGCUGUGCCUGUGUGGGGGCACAGCAUAGGGAAAUCUCUGUACUUUCUCAAUUUUGCUGUGAACCUAAAACUGCCACAUAAAAAUAAAGUCUAGGACGGGCGUAGUGGCUCACGCUUGUAAUGUCAACACUUAGGGAGGCCAAGGCAGACGGAUCACUCAAAGUCAGGAGUUCGAGACUAGCUUGGCCAACGUAGCAAAACCCUGUCUCUACUAAAAAUACAAAAAUUAGCCAGGCACCGUGGUGGGUGUCUGUAAUCCCAGCUACUCAGGAGACUGAGGUAGGAGAAUCGCUUGAACCUGGGAAGUGGAGGUUGCAGUGAGCCGAGAUCAUGACGCUGCACUUGAGCCUGGGCGACAGAGCAAGACUCUGUCUCAAAAAAUAAAAUAAAAUAAAAAUAAUA